ACCAACAUUCUCGCACAGGUCUCAGCAAGCCGCCAGCCAUGGAGGCCGCGGCCUCAGCUGCUGUGGCGGCUGCCAAGGAGGCGGCGCUGGCUGCUGCGGCGGCGGCAUCGGCUGCUUCCAACGAGGCGGCGGCGGCGAUUGCGACUGCGAUGGAAGCAGCGGCGACUGCGAAGGAGGCGGCAGCCAAGGCUGCGGCUGCGGCGUUAAAGGCGAAGGAGGCAGCGGCUGUGGCAACAGCUGCAGGGGAGGCGGCGGUCUCUCUCGCUGCUGCGACGGCGGCAAUGCAAUCUUCCAAGAAGCGUAAGUUUCAUCUUGUCGACGACCAAGAUCCACGGGGGAGCGGCAACUGCGAUGAUGUUGGUGGGGGGAGCGUCGUUCGCACUGGUGAUAUUGAUGGGGGGAGCGUCGAUCUCAGCAAUGAUGAUGAUGGGGGGAGCGUCGAUCUCAGCAAUGAUGAUGAUGGGGGGGAGCGUCGAUCGCACUGGUGAUAGUGAUGGGGGUAGCGUCGAUCUCACUGGUGAUAGUGAUGGGGGGAGCGUCGAUCUCACUGCUGAAGUUGAUGCGGGGAGCACUGAUCUCAUCGGUGGUGUCGAUGGGGGGAGCGCUGGUCUCAUCAGCCGCCUCCCCGACACCGUCCUUGGCAGCAUCGUGUCUCUUCUCCCCACCGAGGAAGGUGCCCGCACGCAGGUCAUCUCCCGCCGGUGGCGUCCCCUCUGGCGAUCCGCUCCUCUGAACCUCGCGGUGGACUGUGGACCCAAGAACAAGGACUUAAUUACAAAGAUCCUCUCUGAGCAUCCUGGCCCCGCACGACGCUUCUCCGUCUGCAUCGCUAGGGACAACGACAAGAUCGAUGGCUGGCUUAGUGCCCAAGCCCUGGACAACCUACAGGAGGUUGAGAUCACCUACAUCAAGGAGAAGUUUUGGGACAGCAACAUGGAGAAGUUGUUCCGCGUGGCCAAAUUCCACUACACCCUUUUCCCCUGCUCGAUUGUGCAGCUGUCCCUGAAGCUUCCGUGCCUCAAGCAGCUAACCCUGGAAAGGGUCACCAUCUCACAGGUCGUUCUCCGGAGCAUGCUCUCUGGCUGCCCUGCCUUGGAAAGCCUUGAGCUGAAGGAAAACUGGGGCAUUGGUCGCCUCUGCAUCAGCUCCCAAACUCUUAAGAGUCUAGGCUUUUGCGCUGACAAGAGGAUUGGAGGUAUCAUUUUGCAAGAGCUAGUCAUCAAGGACGCCCCGUGCCUUGAGAGAUUGCUACAACUUGAUGCAAAGGGCUGCAGAGCGAGCAUACGGAUAAUCUGCGCACCUAAACUGAAGAUAUUGGGUAUGCUGUCUGAAGGCAUACCUGAACUCCACCUUGGAAGUACAUUUUUUAAGAAAAUGGUUGCUGUCAGUUUGACAGCCAAAAUGCACACCAUGAGCAUUUUGGUUCUUCGCUCCGAUGGCCCUAAUCUGGAUUCAGUGGUUAACUUCCUCAAGUGCUUCCCUUGCUUGGAGAGGCUUUAUGUCAUUUUCCAGCCACUCUUACCCUCACGGGGGGCUAUGAAUAAUGUUCGGAAGUAUGACCCACUGGACCCAAUUGAAUGUCUUGAGCUUCAUCUAAAAAAAGUGGUAUUGAAGAAUUAUGAUGGCACCAAGAGUUCAUCUAUUGACUUUGCCAAGUUCUUUAUUCUGAAUGCGAAAGGGCUAAAGGAAAUGAAGAUCAUGUUGCCUUACCACCGCCAGCGCCAAUGGUGUACUAUUCAACUCCUUAACCUACGAGACUACGGUAGAGCUUCUCGGGAUGCUCGAAUUGAACUGAGAUGUGGCACUAAGGAUGAUUUCACGCACAACAUGCAUACCCAUGAUUUGUCAAUGGAUGACCCCUUUGACUUGCCCUCCAGUGUAUGCUCAACGUGUGAAGAAAAGGGUCUAGGAGACGUUGUAUACCAAAUUUAGUCAGAACUUGGGCUGACAAGACCACCAACGUGUGGUUCUAGCCAGUAAGCCUCCAAGCCUUUCUCUGAUGUAGUCGAUGCCCAUCUUGAAAAUUGACUUUGCUUUCUUUUCAAAGCCCAAGCUUCUGUAUCUAGCCUAUAAUGUUGUCCUGGCCUUGUACUUCACUUAGUGAUGGAAUGUUUUGUGGCCCACUCAGGAUUUUACCAGGACAACACGGUGGUGUGUAAGCUUAGGCUUCGAAUCUGAACCUGUGUAAUCUAUUUUCUGUUGAAUUGCGCUUGAAGGGGUUCCUCAGUAUUUUAUUU